AUGAAGAGCGCUUCCGCUAGCUGUCCAACGUGCGAAACUAAUUUAAAGGACAAGCAAGACGCACUGAAUAAAUGUGUGGAGUAUGAAAAUACAAUAAAACGUCUUGAAGAUGAAAAAUUAAGUCUAAUAACAGCUAUUAGACUUUUACAGGAAGAUUCGCAAAGCAUCCACUCCAAAACGGACAAGAUUCCGGCAAAUUCUGGUCCAUGGGAAAAAGUUAAUCGAAACGGCAAGCGAAAUAAUAAUAACAGUCAAGAUCAAGCCCAAACGAUGCAGAAGGACAUGGCGUAA